CUCCCCUUCUAUAAAAGGUGGGGGUGGCGCAUCGGCUCCUGCUGCAGCAGUUUCCGUCGCCUGCGGGGGUGGCUCUUGCUUUGGCGCGGACUCCAGCAGCCCCCCGGCCGACGCCAGCCCGAGCUGCCCUGCUGAGCUGCAAAGGAGCUGCCUGCAAGGGAGACCGGCCAUGUCUGAUCCAGCUCAGCAACCUGCCCCUGGGGCAGGAGAAGGUGGUGAAGGGGCUGGGGGCCCCCCAGGGGCACCUCCAAACUUGACCAGCAAUCGUCGUCUGCAGCAGACUCAAGCCCAAGUAGAGGAAGUGGUAGAUAUAAUGCGUGUAAAUGUGGACAAAGUCUUGGAGCGAGAUCAGAAGCUAUCGGAACUUGAUGAGCGAGCAGAUGCCCUCCAAGCUGGGGCCCAGGUGUUCGAAAGUAGUGCAGCAGCUCUCAAGAGGAAGUACUGGUGGAAGAAUUGUAAGAUGAUGAUCAUGCUGGGAGUGAUCUGUGCUAUUGUGGUGAUUGCAAUCGCACUCUAUUUUUUUACCUGAUAAUGUGGUUCCCCCUUCCCCCAGUCUGCGGCCACCUUCCUCAUCUCCCUGUCCUAGCCCCCUCCCCCUUUUUCUUCCUUUCUCCCCUUCAUUCCGGCUUCAUCAUCGAUACUCUGUUAUGUUUGCUUGCCUUCCAUAGAGACACCAAUGAGCUCCCCCUGGAUUUCAGUUGAACCUCUUCAUUGCUGUUGCAGCCCCCGAGAGGACCAGCUCCUUUUAUAUUUCUUUUUGGAAAGUAACAGUGGGCCUAGUGGAGCAGGAAUGGGGGUGGGUGGGUAGGCUGUUGCAUUCUGUUAAUACAGGUUUCCAUAUAGGUAUGCAGGUUUCGGCUCUCCGCUUCUUCAUACCCUGGUGCUUCAAGGCAUUUUGCUCGUUCUCACCUUGAUGCUGCUGCUAAAAGAACAAUGUAGGAGUUAGAGGAUGAGAGAAGAGGCCUAGUGCUCUCCCUAUGGGGCAGAUCCCAGUUUUGGGACUGCAAAACAGUUCUUUUCUCUAGCCCUAUGAGCUCUAGGUUUCUGAUGACUAUGCAAAAUCUGAUGUUAUGAGACUCUUCUGUUACUGCUGACCUCGUGACUGGAGCAGAGGACGAGUUUGAUUCUAGGUCUGUGCAAGGAUGUGUUAAGGCCACUGGGCAAAGAGGGAUGAUUGUCUGGGGGUCUGCUCCCUGAGCUGGGGGGUCACCUCAGUCUCAGGUGAGAGGUGUUCCUUAGCCCAUGGGGUGAGGCCAAUGCCCUCCCUCACCCCCUGCAUGGCAAUGGAAGCUCUUACCCAAACUGUGUGCUGGCUCUUAUCUCUCUAUUCUUGGAAGGGGAGAAAGCAUUUUCCAUGGCUGUUGUUCUUCCCAGUUCACCCCGGGGUCCAUGGCUGGGGCAACUGAACCAAGCUGUGUGUUCCUGGUAGAAAUCUAGUGGCAGGAUUUUAUCCUGCCUCUCCUGCCUUCUUCGGCUGCAUGUUCCUUGCUUUUGGCUGUUCUAUGGACGCCAUUCAAACAGCAAGAACUGCAAGCCUCGCUACACAAGUGAAGAGUGAAUGGAGCCACUGCUGGAGUCAUGCAGAUCCCAGGACCUUUGCAGGCUAGGAGAAAGCAGGGCUCCUCAUAAGCUUUGCUUUUUGAAGGCUUCCACAGCUGGAUUAGAGUCCAGGCUAGAGGCAGAAUGUUCAGAGCUCCCACAAAUGCCCGUCUCAUCUUUUUAGGAUGCAGUUCCACAUUGCAGGUUAUCACUGGGAAGAUGCUGACAGUGAACAUGCAUGUGUGAGUUUCUGUUUUGCUACCUGGUGUGUUGUAGAGAAUUUACAUGACUCCAUGCUGCAGAAAAUACAGAUCAGCAAAGAUUGGCUUGUCAAAGCACUUGAGUAGGGAUGUUGGUUCAAGGUACAUCUAUGAAGCCUGGUUUGAAAGGGCUGUUAAGUUUCAGUGUGGUGUAGUGGUUAAGAGUGGUAGGCUCUCAUCUGGAUAACCAGAUUUGAUUCUCCUCUGGAUUUGUUUCCCCACUGCUCCUCAAAAAGCCUGUUGAGUGACCUUGGGCUAGUC